CAAACCAUCCAUUCCUCUCUCUCUCUCUCUCUCUCUCUGUACUCAAUCGUCACUUGCUUUCACUCACUCUCUCUUGCUUGCUUUUGAAAUGGGGAUUGAAGGAGAGAAAAGAUAUGCUCUUUUACUAGCUUGCAAUGACUCAGAGUAUGUGAAGGAGGUGUAUGGAGGGUACUUCAAUGUGUUUGUGGCAGCAUUCGGAGAAGAGGGAGAGAGAUGGGACUUGUUUAGAGUUGUUGAAGGAGAUUUCCCAGACAUGGAUGAGCUCCAAAAAUAUGAUGGGUUUAUUGUUAGUGGCAGCCCAUAUGAUGCUUAUGCCAAUGACUUCUGGAUUCUCAAGCUUUGCUUCCUCUUGCAAACCCUAGAUGUUAUGAGGAAGAAAGUACUUGGCAUUUGCUUUGGUCACCAGGUUUUGUGUAGAGCAUUUGGAGGAAAAGUGGGGAAAGCUUAUAGUGGUUGGGACAUUGGGCUAAGGAAGGUGAGGAUUGUGAAAGACUUCUCCCCAUGUGGCUUCCUUGAUGGCUUGGAUCAAGAAAUCCCACCAGCCCUUUCCAUAAUUGAGUGUCACCAAGAUGAGGUAUGGGAAGUCCCUGAGGGAGCCGAAGUGAUCGCAUUUUCGGACAAAACUGGUGUGGAGAUGUUCAAGAUCGGGGAUCACAUUCUUGGCAUUCAAGGCCAUCCCGAGUACACCAAAGACAUUCUUAACAAUCUCAUUGACCGCCUUCUUACUAAUGGCUGUAUCGAGAAAGGUUUUGCUGAAGACGUGAAAUCCCAAUUGGAGAUGGCUGAACCAGAUAGAAAGUGUUGGGAAAAGAUCUGCAAAAAUUUUCUCAAGGGGAGAUCGAACCAGCUAUAGUCUCUUUUUCUUCUUCAAUGGGGGUUUCUUUUUUGCCCUGAUUUUGUGUUACUAUACUGUAUUUAGACUAACCCAUGAACGUGGCAGCAAUGUGCAUGCACACUAUGAACCCAUAAUAGCUUGGAUGUGUUCGAUCGGCUACGUUUGGAUGACCCCAAUCCAAGUGAGAAAUAAGAAUCUCACGAGGAAGUACCAUGUUUCAAUCGUCUAAUUCCGAGGCGAUCCACUUAAGUGUACGUUGGGAUCACGGUUAAUUUCUAAAUCUUAUCAAGAAGUAAUUUAUG